AACUCAGCCCUAUCCCGAGUCUGCCUCGCAACUCGACUCACCGCGGACUUACACCACAUCAUACCUACCACUCCUCCAUAUCAACACACACCGAGUACAUAUCCUCGAACACCAUGCCUUCAAACCGGCCACCCACAACAACAACAACGGAUCCCGGGCAUGAGCCCGACACAAUGGACCUCGACCAGGAGACGGACCCCGCCAUCCCCGCGCAAACCAAGCCCGCCCCGCCAUCAACAUCAACAUCGAAGACCCGCACACUCACAACCGCAACCCUCAAAAACCCACCCUUCGCCUACGCGCACCUCUCUCUAGCAUCGCCACCACCCACACUCUCCAACCCCGCAACCACCACCACUACCACCACCACCCCCCUCCUGGACGCCCUGCAAGUCCGCGCCUACCUGACCGCCGCGCUGCGUCAGUUCCUCGGCGCGACCGGCGCCGGCAUGGCGAUCGACAUCCUGCUGGUGCGGGGCGGCUCGGCGUGGGUGCGGGUGCCGCGGGAGGACCUGCCGGCGUUCGCGGCGGGCGUGACGGCGUUCGGCGGCCUUCCGUCGAGCAGCGCGAGUGCUGGGUCCGGGGCGGGGGCGGGAGCGGGAGCGGGGACGGGGACGAUGCUGUUGCAACUGAGGGCCUGCGGGGACUGGUUGGGGAGUCUGAUCGGACGGGACGAGGAGGCGGCGUUGUGGACUUGCUGACAGUUAUUCGGUUUGGUUUGCUGUAUGGCGGUUGUCUAUUUUUCUAAGUAGCCUGUAUCUACGCUAGACAUUGGGGAGGGAAUCUGGCAUCUAUCUGCGUGAGGUACGCGGGGUAUCUGCAGCAUGUAUGCUCCGCCUGACUAGCAAGUGCCUCGGGAAAUGAGGCGAGUAGAUGGUACUACUGACCCACUGCAACCUUGCCCCGCGUUG